AUGUCUAUUUUAACACUGUAUAAAUCAAAUUCUAGAUCUGCUCUUUCAAAAGAUAAAAUUGAAGGUCCAUCAACAACUACUCCUAUGAAAAUAAUUAAAUCCUAAUAAUAGGACAGAGAAAAACUUUACAAUAGUUAAAUCAUGUAAAAUGCCUUGAUUGAAUCAUGUAAGAAAUCAAAAGAAAAUAGAAUGAAUUCUCCAACUUUUAAAGUCACUGAUACUAUUAUUUAAGUAUAUCUUAAUAAGAAAAUAGGCAAAUUAAGAUGCACCAACAUAAAAAUCCGGGAAAAAGAAAGGAAUGUUUAGUGGAAUAGAUUCCUAAAUAGAUCCUUUUAGAAAUGUUCAUACAUCUACUAACAAGACAAAUGUUAAAUUAAUGAUGUUUAAUGAUGGUCAUUUUAUGAAAAAAUAUCAACAAAAAUAAACAGAUAUUCAAUAAGAAAAGAAUCAUAGAUAUUCAAUAAAAGUGUUUUAAUAAGAGCCAAGAUAGGAUGUAGCUUAAAAAAAAGUAAGAAAAAGUGUUCCAGGAUAACCAGUAGCAAAAGAUCCGAUCUUGUCUCCUGAUUCAAAAAUAGAUAAAAAAGUAUGAAAUUGAAAAUAUUUAAAGCUAAGGAUUUCUUGUUAACAUAAAAUUGAACAUAAGGAAUAAAUAGAAAGUAUAAGAACGUAUUAGCAUGCAAAUUCAUCUAUGGGAUAUAGAGGAAGUUUUUAAGAAGGUAAGAAUAAUGAUGUUAGUCCAAUUAAAAUGAGGGAAAGUAAUACAUACAAAAGUGAAAUGAGAAAUAUAUUAACUUAAGAUGAGAACUUUUUAAAACUUGUAAUUCUUGCAUAUAGAUGUUGAUAGUUUUCAAGGACUGAUUAUAAAGGAAGUGACAAUAUCAAAAAGUCAAAGAAGCUUUGCUUGAAAAUGGAUGUCCCUAGACCGAUAUCUGCAUUUGCUUUAUAUGCAAAGUGA